AUGGUGCGAACACGAGCCGCAGCGGCAGUUACAUCUGCACCUAUACCAGCACCUGCACCACUUGCAGCUGCACCUCGACGACGAGUCAAAGUAACCCAGCUUGAGAAGGAAAACCCGAAGCCAAUCGAGCCAGCAGAGAAGCCUUCGACGCGCUCUACACGCGCCAAAAACUCUACAACAAGCUCUGCAAAACCGCGCGGUCGACCAAGAAAGACAGAAACCACAACCAAAGAGACGGAGCCAUUGAAGACUGCGGAAAAGCCGGUAGAGAAACCAAAAAGAAUCACUCGAACCACUCGAGCUACUGCGACUACAGCGAGCUCUGAGGCAAAAGAGAAGCCUGCUGUGAAAGGCACAAGAACAACAAAGACAGCAGCGAAGCAGGAGAAACCUGUUGAAUCUGUCGAACCUCAAGAGGAAACGAUACCCGCAAAGCCAGUCUUGCGGAAGAAGGUCACUUUCCAAGAUAUUAUUGCUGAGGAUAAAGAAAAUGUACCCAUCACAAGAGCCACCAAGAAAACCACGAAAGCAACCGAAAAAUCAACUGGAUUACGUGCAAAGCCUGUCCGAAAACCAGCUGUUGCUACCAGAACUAGUAAGAGGUCGAAUCCGGACCUCUCCGACGACGAGCAGGAACAACCUAGGAAGAAGAUCCAGCGCGUCCUCACGCCUAAGAAAAUCACUCAGCUAGCACGAGCUACGACCCCAGAUGAGGGGUCGGAAGACGAACUUAAUGGCGGUAAAACUCCUCUCAGAGACCUCAGCAUGUCACCUAGGAGACCACACACCGAUGCUGUGGUUGAAGCAGUUGCACAGAGACUCUCUCCUCCUAAGAAGCUCGACUUUACACAACCACUACUUCCCCAAUCAGCUAGAAACAACGUGCUACACGAAGAUGCGCUUUCGACAAGCCCCGCGCGACGACCAGCCUCUCCUGCCAGGAUGUUUCCAGCCAUCGCAUCACCAGCUAGGGUCCUCAACGAAAAUGCCAAUGCUUUGGCAAGUCCAGCUAGAAGACUUGACUCGCCAGCAAAACUCCUCUUUCCUCACGCAACAAUGAGGGACCAACGAGUGCCUCUCGCUCAAGGUACCACUUCGAACCUCCUCCAGAGUCCCAAACGCUCUACCGCUUUCGACCCUUCCCGCAUCUUCGCUCACUCUGCAAUCAAGCCACAACAGAAGAACAAUCUUUCCAAAAGCAGCUUCUUUAGUAGUCCUCCAAAGAGGGCCGGCUUAUCAUCACCCUUGAAAAACACCCUUGCCUGGAGCAAUGCACUUCCGAUUGCCAUGCAAACAGAGUUACAAUUCGACGAGCUCGAUCUUAAUGAGAUGGAGGUCACUCAGUUGAUGAAUGAUGGCGAAGUAGAAGUUAGUGUUUCUAGCCACCAACGACCAUCUAUGUCUCCAAUGAGAACCUACAAACUAUCCGAAGAUGAUAUGCAAGUCGACUUUGACGAUUCAGUCUUGCCUGUCAGAAGUCCUUUGAAGAUGCUUUCAUCACCCACAAAACCAAUGAGCAUUGUCGGCGGCCUUCAAUCACAGCCUCGAUCGCCUCAACCGGUUGCGGAUAGGGACGUAGUUGAUGCUCUGAGUAGUGUUCAGAGCACUCCCGAAAGUCGUGCAGGUAGCCACUGCGAGAGCACUUUCGUGAGCAUGCAUGACCUGGAGGCAAACUCCCGGUCACAUGCCGAGAACAUUCAGGACGAUCUGCCAAUGUCGGACGCUGAUGAUGAAACAAUCCUUCUACCAGAGUCAGCAGGAGAGGCAGCUCCACGUCCAGCACUAGUCUCUACAGCUUACCAUGAGAUGGACACCUCCAUCGACGAGUUAGCACCAUCACCCAAAGAGGAUGUCAUUGCAAAAUUCGUUCGGUCAGUGACCACGACACCUACCACUGCGGUAUCGGUACCACUACAGCAGCACAAGCCAAUGAAUGCAGCCUCCUCGCCACAAAAUAAGGACUUGCCUCUACUUUCCUCGGUCCAGCAAGCUCAAUCUCCAGCCAUUUUGCACGAGAACGAGCUUUCUCUGAUGGCGGGUAUCGUGACACCUACAGUGCUAGAACAACCAUCCCCUUCCAUUUUGCAUGAAGGAGAGUUGACAAUCAUGGGUGGUGAUCAGUUUGCAAAUACUCCAGCACCGACCAAAGCUAAGGAUCUGGCCGAGCUAGCAAGCUCGCCAGUAAGCAUCGAUGAACACGAAUUGACAAUGAUGGCUACUGCCAGUGUCGAUAAAACAGCAGCCUCGCCUGUCAGCGUAGCAGAGCAUGAGCUGACUAUUGUGGGCCAAUCUUCAUUCAAGCAAGGUUCGAUCAACGAAAACGAGCAAACACCAGCAGGCGUCACAAAACAUUCUCUAGCCUUCACACCUGACCUGCCAAUCCCACGGAAGUUCAGUUUACACACUGUUGUUUCCAAAGUGCCCUUGAAGCCUGAAGGACAAGAAUCGCCUUUCAAGCUACAAAUCAAGAAAAGGAAACGACCUCUUUCGCUUGGUGCACAACCAGACCGGACUGAAAAUGAAGACAGGUUCACGCCUAUCAAAUCGGCACGAACGGCAAGCUCGCCUGAUGCUACCUCUACUCGUUCAAAACCAGUGGCAACACCAGUCCAAAGUGCAAGUCGCCUUAUGUCUGCUACUAAAGCUUCCGCGGCCAAGAGUGUUGCUCGAGUCGCAAGCACGCCUUUGGCACGUACGCCACUCACACCAGUAAUGUCGUCUACGAUGAACAUACUCUCUGACGCCGUUAUCUGUAUCGACGUUCGCACCUCAGAAGGCGCAGAUGCUAGUGCUAUUUACACUGACCUGCUGACGAGCCUUGGAGCUAAAGCGGUAAAGGACUUUUCGGAGAAGAUCACACAUAUCGUUUUCAAGGAUGGCAAUCCUCGACUUCUUGAGAAAGCACGCCUCAGCCAAGCAGACAUCAAAGUGGUUGGCGUGGCCUGGCCACUAGACUGCGAGGCACGUAAGACUUGGGUCGACGAGGCUGAGUACCUGCUCAAUCCGAGUGCUACCGACCGCGUCUUGCAGUCCGUAACGAAGAGCAAUAGACGCAAGUCCAUGGAGCCAAGCAUGCUCAUCGCUGAUGGUAGCGGCAGUGUCAAGCGCUCGAAGACCAAGAGUCGGAUGAGCACGUCCCUUGGCACCAUUCGACGAGAAGGCACGAAAACCGUCUCUGAUCACAGAUCAGCACCAAGACCAAGUAUCUUCACCUACACAGGUCAUGUUCAGAGAAACGAGCAAAAGGCUGCUGCUAGUCCAGCUACAGUCAAAACCACAGCCGACACCAUGACAACACCACAAGUCAGCACAGUUAAGAAACAAGCUGAAGCCGACAAGCUCUCCCUCACCGCAGCAUGGAAAUCCAUCAACGCAACCCACAACCUCGGCGAAGACACUCCAGCAAGACGUACAUUAGAACUUCUACAGAAAAGCUACGCGGUCGGCAACGCAAACACGAACGGAUGGGACGACACCAUCAUGUCCAACGACACCACCACCGAACAGGAAGACCAGGAGAACAACACUCCUCGUGCUAUUAAUGAGCCAAACGAGGACGAGGACGAAGAGGACGAAUCCCUCAUCGAAACAGGUCUCACCCCAGCACCAUACAAGACGAAGAUGCAAACGGGCUCUGCACCGAGCAAAAUCAAGAACGUCGGCAUGAUGAGCUACAGGGAGCGUGUUGAGGAGAUGGAAAGACGGGAGAUGAGAGAUAAUGCUUUUGGUACGAAUAGGGGUGCUAGAGGUGUUGGGGCUGGGAAGAAGGGUGGAAUGCGGAUGAGUGUUUUUGGGUUGAGGCGGGAUUAA